AUGUCUGAGACUAAGAACGGUAAUGGUGAAGCGCAUGACAACACCACUUCGGUGUUUAUUGGGCUUGGGCCUGCUGCCUCCACCAUCUCGGAGGACAUGCUCCGCGAGCGUCUGGAGGAAGUGACGGAAGUGCUUGGUGUGCGUAUUCGCGGACGCUGUGCCUUUGCGGACGUCACGGAUGCAGAGGCAGCCGAUAAGUUGGUGGCGGAGCUCGACGGCAAAAUGAUCGGUGAGGCCCGUAUGGCUGUGCAGAUCAGCCGCAGCAAGGAAAAGGAGCGACCUGCCGCCAACGCAGGCUCCAACAAACACGCCAACAAUAAUAACAGCAACAGCAGCAACAACCACAACCACAACAGCAGCAGUGGAGGGGGUGGCGGCCGCACAUCGCUCUUUGUUGGUCUUGGCCCAGCGGGGGGAGCCGUCUCCGACAACGAGUUGCGUGAGAAACUGGAGUUGGCCGUGCCGAUUCUUGCAUUCCGCCGCCGCGGUCAGUGUGCGUUUGUGGACGUGGCAAAUAUGGCAGAUGCGAACAGGAUGAUUCGAGAGCUGAACAAUCAGUAUAUUGGUGAAUGCCGCCUCUCUGUGCAGUACAGCCGCGACAACAAGCGGUCUCGCUCGGUUGAGCGGCGGAGUCGCAGCCCUGCACGCCGCCGCCGUCGCCAGCGCAGCCGCCGCAGCG